CUCGAGCUGUCGCUGCAGCCGCCCGUCGAUUAACAUAGUCUACCUUGAAUUUACAGCAAAUAACUAAAACAUAUCUUAGAAAUGCCAUCUAAACAAGGGCCGCGGCUUUUCUGGCGCCUCUCGAACCUAGAACACCCAAAUGCCGACCUUGACCAGACGGUGCGCGACCACCUCCUAAACCAUUCUGUGCAAGUCCUGUUCCCUUAUGAGCGCGUGGAUAAGGAGCUGCAAGAGGAGCUGGAUGUGCAGCUGGUGUCGAUGCUGCCGCCCGACGAGGGAUACCAGGUCAUCCGCGCUAGCCUGGCUGACAUCCUGGCUGCUGUGCUGAGCAGUCAGGUGCUGGGGCAGGAGGGAGCCAGCCUGCAGGCGGUGUCCCUGGCUGACCGGCUGGACAGCGGUCUGGCGGCCGCACUCACCCCCGACGGCUGCCUGCACCUGGCGCUGGGCGGCGAGGCCUACGCCCGACUGGGGUUGCAGGGGAGGCACAGCCCCAGCUGCGCUGACCGCUACAACGUCACUGUGGACCUGAGGGCGGCGGGCAUGGAGCCGGGGCAGGACCGGUAUGCGCAGGUGCUGUCCAAGCUCCGGACCACGCUGCCACCUCAGGCCUUCAUCGUGCGGCUGGAGGUGGGCGGGCAGCUGCGGAGCCUGGGGCUGCCGCGGGAGGCGCUGACGCCCGGCUACGGCACAGAGUCCUGGAUGCCCCUGCAGUCGGAGCACCGCACGCAGCCCGGACUGGUGCUGCCGCCGCUGGAGAGGGCGGCGUUUGAGGCGCUGGGAGUGCGGCUGGAGCCCGGCGCCGGGGGCGGAGGAGGUGGUGGGGGCCCCAGGCCUGUAGGCGCCCGGCAAGAGCAAGGAGCAGCAGCAGGAGAGGGCGGUCCAGUGGAGGGAGGUGCGCAGCAGCAACAGCAGCAGCAGCUACAGCCGCAGCAGCCGGCACUGGAGCAGCUGCAGGCGGCAGUGGCAGACGAGGAGGGAGAGGGGGCUGUAGCCGCCACAGCCACAGCUGCAGCUACAGCCGCUGUGGUGCCGCUGACGCCCAUGCAGGACUUCAUGCUGCGGCGGGCGGUGACGGGGCUGCACACCUGGCUGAGCUCGCUGGCGUGCGGCAUGGGCCACGCCGCCUGCAACGACCAGGUCCCGGCCGAGCUCAUGCCGCCCGAGCUGGAGCACGACCCCCUGCCCAGCCGGGAGGAGCAGGAGAGGCGUAUCCUGGGCACGGUCGUGAGUCGGCGCUGGAAGGGAAUGGUCUCCCAGGGGCAGGUGGCGGCGGUGAUGAAGGCCACGUCAGCGCUGGUGGCCACGCGUGCCGUACCCUGGGCCGUCGUGCACGUGUGGGGAUUCGCCGACACCCCCGUGGCGUGGCGGGGCCACGAGCACGGCGUGGGGGCGUGGGGCGGCGCGGGCGAGAGCUGCUACAGCUGCGUGUUCAUGCAGGGCGGUGACUACUGCCUGUUCAAGCCACUGGGGCCGGAGGACGUGAGGCUGUAGCGGAUACAGUAGUAGCGGAUACGGCUGUAGCAGAUACGGCAGAAGCGGGUAAGGUAGUAGAGGAUGGCAGCACCGGGGGCCGUGUGGGUGUGCGAUGGGACAGUGUCAAGGCAGGUUGGUGAAGUCCUGCAGGGUGCAGCAGGGGGCCGUGUGGGGGGUGGCGGCAGGCGUUGAGGCGUUUCAGCUGUGGUUGGGUUGUGAGAGGCACCCAGGCAGCCAAGGCGUGUGGCACGUUGUGGCACUGGGGUGCAGGAAGGCGUUUCCGGGUGGAAACGUUGUAGGGGGGCUCAAAGGGCUCUCAAGGUCUCUUCGUUUGUGUCGCGUGUGCCUUGCAUACGACCUGACGUGGCGCGGGUAAGGGUCCUUGUCAGCUGCAGGGCGGCGCCCUGCUGGUUCUUUCUUGCAUCUGCGCUGUAGAAACUUGCCCCAAGAAUUUUGGGUUUAGGGCUGCGGUUCUGCUGGCCGUAGACGUUCCGGCGCGGAUUUGGCGGCACCUGAGACGUUUUGGGGGGCCAGCGGGGGGCCUUGGGGGCUUGGGGGCUUGCCCGUCUGUGUAGGCGC